AUGGACAACAAAAACGACAACCAAACAAUGAAACUGGUGGUACACAAGCCUAACAACGGUGGUUUCGAAUCAUCCACGGCCACUGAUGUAACCAUCUGGGGUGGCAAUUUAUGGAAUGGUGGAGAACAUUCUGCUUCCAAGCUGGUCCAAUCGCGUCGCGAGCACUUGCAACGGUUCAUUUACUUGCCAGAGGAUCACAAAGGGGGUCGCAUGGUGCGUCCACAUUAUUAUCGUGGAGAUCGCGGUGCCACAAUGGACUUCCCAUCCUUGCAGGUGUUGGGGUACUAUGAAGACAUGGGUACUCCCGCUGACGUCAAAUGGAUUGUUCCCAACCUGAAGACCCUCCUCGUGUUUUGCGGUGGCGAGGUGCAUCGUGCUUGGCUUGGUGAUUAUGUCGAUCGAUGGUCUGUUCAACCCGCCAAUCCACCACCACCAAGGCGGCGCCAGUUCCGAAAUCUACUUCAACGCAUUCAAGAACAGUGUCCCGAUCUCGAGGAGAUUCUCGUUUGUGCGGCACCUGACUAUGAUGUCCCCGAAAAGAUUGAGGUGGUUCGAAAGUUGACCCCAGCUCGUCCGGCCCCAUGGGAAUGUCUGCGGGUGCUGGAAGUGGCUGUACGCAAGCCCCAAGCCGGUGACCUCUGUUUCAUUUCCCAAAUGCCAGAAGCAGUCAUUGAUUUGAUUGUUGACUAUUUUCAUGCUCCGAAGUGGAAGCAGGAGGACUUUGCUGUAGAUAAGGACGAGGAGGACGAGGGAGAAGACGGUGGCAAUGACGUUGUUGGCGCUACUGAAGACCCCAUUGGGGUAGACGUAGAUUCACUCGAGUGA